CCUCUCUCUCAUCCUCUCUCUCAUCCCCUUCUUCAUCCUCUCUCUCAUCACCCUCUUCUUCCUCUCUCUCCCCUGUAGCUUUCAGAUGCUCUGGGUGUUGGACCGGGCUGUCCAAGCCAGACCAACCAGCAGAGUGGUGGGGGCAUGUGGCCCGGUGGGCAGCCCAACCAGCCAACAUGGCCAGGACAGCCUGGUGGUCAACCAGCUUGGCCUGGUCAGCAGCAGCCAGGCCAGCCUGCCCCCAUGUGGCCUGGACAACAACCAAACCCUUCCCAAUCCUCAUGGCCCGGACAACCAGGAGGGGGCCAGCCCAGCUGGCCAGGGCAGCCAGGAGGGGGACAGCCCAGCCAGCCAACCUGGCCAGGGCAGCCAGGAGGGGGACAGCCCAGCCAGCCAACCUGGCCAGGGCAGCCAGGACAGCCUAGCCAACCUACUGCACCCGGAUGGCCAAGCCCAAGCCCCGGUCCAGGCCCUGCCCAACCAACUGCUCCACAACAUAGUUCACUGGUAAGAGAAGACAUUAAAUCCUGAGGAUGUUGGUUAUGACGGUUUGAAAAACCAUGAGCAAGGUUCUGCAUGGUUCAGACCUAUCUUUGUGACAGAUUAGCCGUCAAGACCUCUACUCAGACAUUGGUGUAAGCUUGUCCUAAUGACACUCAAAUGGUUUUGGCUGUUUUCAUUUGCUGUUUUCAACAAACCCAUUUUAUUUCCCCAACAGAAAGUGCCAUAUGACCUGAACCUGCCAAAUGGAUGCUACGACAAGAUGCUGAUCACAAUUCACGGGACAAUUAACCAAAAUGCCAAAAUGUCAGUAUUCACAGCAAAAUCUAGUUUCCGUGGUAAAUUGUGAAGAUCUACAUUGCAGCUAUUUCCACCCUUUGAUUCUAAAUGUUGCGCUGUUAUUUCAGUCUUGUAGCCAGCAGUAGGUACUCAAAUGGCUUGCCCUUCCUUGAUAUGUUGCCUGCAAACUUCUUAUACUAUAACCUGGGUACUAGUCUGUUUGUGCCAUCAUACCACUCCUUGCCACUUGUCAUGACAAAUAUCAUGUAUGACAUGACAAGGAGUUGGAAUGAUGACACAAACAGAUCUGGGACCUGGCUACUUCUACUGCUACUCUCAAUCUAAUAAGGACUAAAGUCUAAUCAAAUACAGACGGUUGAUCCUUUGUUCUUCAAAGUGUGUGAUACAUAAAUAUCUACCUCACGAUGUAAACAGAGACUAAUAGAAGUUGGAUGAGAGGAUUUAGAUAAUCAAGCUCUGGGUAGUAAACAAAUAUAGGUUAAUGUCAAAUUUAAAUCAAUGAGGCCCCUUUGAAAGAGGUUGGCAGAUAGUAAUCGCAAUAGAGUGUCUUGACAUCAUUAUUUCUAAUCCUCAACUGAUUACAUUUUCACUAAUGUAAGGACAAUGGGUGAGAAUAGAACAAAUGAUCUGUGAUGAAUUCAAUACCAGAUGAUACCAAUCACUUUAAAGUCAAGAGUAAGCCUACAGUAACUAUGGCCACAAUCUCAAAGAGCUCACACAUCACCAUGGAAAACAUCUCUGAGUGCUGUUGAGCAUAUGGCUCAUAGAACACACACACAUUCAUCACAAAACAUAAUGACUUGUAAUCGACACUACUAAAUAAAUGCAUUGAUGACGUAAACAUCACAAAAUCCAAGGUUUACCACCAUGUUAUUAGCUUGGUCCCAAAUAUGUUUGUGCUCUUGAAACUGCAUUGCUCAUUGUCAAGCCAAACAAAUUGUUUGAAAAGAAAAUGAGUGACAAGGAGUUGGCAUGAACACUGUUAUGUAUCUCCCUGUAGGUUCACCAUCAAUCUGACCAAAGGAAAUGACAUUGCCAUGCACAUCAACCCACGCUUUAAUGACCAGGGAAAGAAAACAAUUGUGUUGAACAGUCAGAUAGGCAAUAAAUGGGGAAAAGAGGAGAGAGAGCACAAACACUUCCCCUUCACUCAGGGCCAACCCUUUGAGGUGAGGAAUCUAUCUUCCGGUUUACUUCAUGUCAACCAAUCAGUUUUAAAACCAUGAUGGCCGGGGUCCAUUGAGAAUUAGACUGUGUCCCAAAUGGCACCCCCCUAUAUAGUGCACUACUUUUGAACAGAACAUGCUUUGGUCAAAAGUAGUGCACUAAAUAAGGAAUAGGUUGCAAUUUGGGACACAUACAUAGACACUCCUGUAUUCAUCUGAAGAUAUUUUCAGUUGUAUGAUUUUUAUGAUGAUUAAAAAUAAUUUAUAACAUAUUAAAAUGUUAUUCAUGAUCAAUAGAUCAUGUUUUACAAUGAAUAUAUUAAUAUAAAUUUACAUUUCAGUCAUAUCUUAUCAACACAGUCUUUGAUUUUGCAUAAUAAUUAGUUUGUGGUCCUGUGUUUCUCCAGAUGAAGAUCAUGUGCACUAACAGUGAGUUCAAGAUGGCAGUGAACAGCUCACACAUCCUGGAGUUCAAACACCAAAUCCGUGACCUCCACUCCAUCAAACACCUGGGCAUCUAUAAUGAUGUCACCCUCACGUCUGUGGAGAUUGACAAACUCUAAGAUCUAGCAGGGUUGGUUCCAGCCAAAGAAAUAGAAUGACCAGAAUAGCCAAAGUCCCUCAGGUUCUAUUUUUAUGGUUCCAGUGACCUUCCAUCAUUGGCUUUCAACAGAAACAUAUAGUAGCUUGAAUCUCAAGCUUUAACCCAGUAGGACUACCAUCAUAUUCUGUACUUCUACUAAGCCGGUAUAUUCUCUGUGUGGAAAUACUCAAGUGGAAAAAUAUAUUUUCUUAGUCUUUUGAUAAAGGACAAAACAUCAACAACUUUUAAUUUACAAAUUCAUCGGUUUUAAGCCUGGAUAGGUACAUACAUUUUAAUGUAAUCCUUUUGCAUAUUAAUAAGUAAGCAAGGGAUCCAUACAGUAAAAAACAAACGAUAUCCAAUAAAAAUCCAAUGUUAGACUCAAACAUAUUUUUUCAUUGAAUGAUUUCUCUUCCUCCAGAUACAGGGCGAUGUACAGUAUGUGUUUUGAGCGAUUGUUAUUGUUGUAUAACCUUUCCCACUAGGUGGCACAGUUGAGACUGUUGAAUGUUUGAGAACCACAACAAGCCUAGUGUUUGGAUAGGCUGUGGCAAAACAAACAUUACCUAGGCUACCUAUACCACCCAGUAGUAGAUACAUUUGAGAACACUAAGGUCUAUUACCACUUAACAUAUAGGCUAUUAUUACUUUGCAUUAGUGAAUGAAGGACUGUCAGUAAAAUCCUGUAAACAUACUUUCAAAGCUCAUGAGAGAGUUCGCUUGUUGGUAAUGUCAUGAUGUCAUGCACCAUCUUUCUAUAGUGUUUCCAUAAGCAAUGAUUAUCUUAUUUCCAUUACCAGCCAUCAGCACUUAACAUGUUUAUUCAGGGAGGAGAGUGUCAAUGUCUAUGAGUGAUAUUACUGUUGACAAUCAUAUCUCAAAUGAAGCAAAUGUGACUUUAUUUACACAAAGACCACAUUGACUGAAUCAACACGGAAUCUUUUCACUAGUAGCCACUAAACAAAAUAUGAGGACUAUGAGGAGACUUACA